CAGAGGCAGCUCCAGGUUCGAGUCCGGUGGCUCCACUUGUCCCCCUCGCACACAGAUGGACGCUCAGCCGUACUUCCCGGUCCAGGCCGGGGUCGGCAUGGAGGAGAACUUCUUGUCCCUGGACGACAUCCUGCUGUCCAGCGAGAGACUUCCGGUCCGGAUCGAGUGCACCUUCCCCCGGCUCGGCUUCCUGGAGAAGUCCAGCGACACGCAGGACAUCGCGGAGGGAACAAAGAUGGAGCUUCCUCUGUGGUUGUCCAAGGGUCUGUAUGAGAAGAAGAGGAGGGUUCUGUCCGUGGAGCUGCCGAAGGUCUACCGAGAGGGCUGGAGGACCGUGUUCAACGCAGACCCCAACGUGGUGGACCUGCACAAGAGGGGGCCCUACUACUACAGCCUGGGGUCCCAGAUGCUGCACUUUGAAAGCCCAGAGAACCCAGAUAUUGCACAGACGCUGCUGCAGACGUUCAUCGGCCGGUUCCGGCGGACCAUGGACUCGUCCCAGAACGCCUACAACGAGGACACGUCCGCCCUGGUGGAGCGACUGGACUCUCUGGAGAAAGGUCUGUUCAGGUCCGGGCAGAGCGGCCUCAACGGCUUCCAGAGCUGGGAGAAGGGUCAGGCCGGGCAGCUCACCGCCUCCAGCCUGGUCCUCAACUACCGCAAGAGGAAGAUGGCCGACGGACAACACUGACCUCUGACCCCCGACCUGCAGUGGAAAGAUGUCAAACUCUCGUCAGUACUACAGUCAGUACUUCAGUCAGUACUUCAGUCAGUACUUUGGAGCACGACAGCAACAGGAUACUGUGAGAUUUCUUUGCCCAAGGAUUACAAGAUGGACAUAUUAUAAGUGUGUUUCCUACUUGUGUUGUCACUUUGCUUCCACUGAUGAGUGUUAACUAACGGGUAAGUUCAUGUUAUGAUGAAGUGGAGUGUUUCAUUAACCAGGAUCCUAAAUGCACUCUGACCUUGUGUGAGUUGACUUCCAUGUUACAAGUUACCAACUGUACAGAACCUACUUCUUCAAGACUCUUUAUUCUUAAAAUGUUCAAAAUCAAAAACCCUUCAGAGUGGACUUUUUAUUCAACAAACACCAAAUGUUUA